AUGUUGUUCAUUGUGGGGGCAGGUGUUUAUGCUCGAUCCAUCGCUGCUGUUAUCGGCGGUGAAUCGAUCUCAUCAUGGCCUGCCUCGGCCAUUAAUAUCCUGACGGCCGCUACUAUCCCUCCUAUCGCACGAGCCGCAGACCUCUGGGGGCGGAAAUGGUUCCUGGUGAUCCCGACGUCCUUGGGUUUCGUCGGGAGCAUCAUCGUUGCUAGAGCCUCCUCAAUGGAGAUGGCGAUUGCGGGAUUCGUGGUCGGUGGCACAUCAUUUGGUGCACAGCCCCUUGUUCACGCUGUUGCGUCUGAAACUAUGCCUCGCAAAUACCGCUCUUUUGCUCAAGGUUGCUGCAAUGCUGCCAUUGCAGUUGGAUCCCUGUUCAGCCUGCUUGUAGGCGGUGCGUUGACAAAUAACAAUCCGACAGGAUUUCGGACGUACUGGUAUAUCUGUGCAGGUAUCUAUAUUAUUUCCACCAUCAUGCUGGCUACCCUGUACAAUCCACCACCCAGAGACCUUGAGCUGUCCUUGAGCUUUCAUGAAAAGAUUCGCAGCCUUGACUGGGUUGGAUUCUUCUUGUACGUUGCAGGUCUGGUGCUGCUCUGUCUGGGCCUCUCCUAUUCUCAGAACCCCUUCAACUGGCCGAACGCCCACAUUGUGGCACCAUUUCUCAUUGGAGUGGUUUUCAUCUUGAUUCUGAUCGGCUACGAGUGGAAGGUUCGGAAAGACGGGCUUUUCCACCAUGAACUCUUCAAAAACCGAAACCAGAACUUCCCAAUUGCUCUGGUGGCGGUGUUCAUCGAAGGCUAUGUCUUCAUGUCUGCCAACAUAUACUUCCCCUAUUCGAUGCAAGUGAUCAACACCGGAAUCUCAACUUUCCGAGUGUUGGUUUGCUACAGCAUUGCAUUCAUCUGUCUGUUAUUGAUGUCCUUCCUCAUUGGAGGCUACAUCUAUCAAACUAAAACUGUGAAAGCAGCUGCUAUUGCCUCCAACGUUGGCUUUCUCAUCUAUGCUACACUGAUGGCCUCAGUCACUUCGUCUACACCAGAGUCACAUUUCUGGGGUUAUAUUACAUUCUAUGGGUCCGGCUUAGGAUGCGGCGUUAUCACGCUUUACACCACCGCCCAGCUUUCCACUCCGCCGGAGCUUAUCGCUGUCACUUCUGGUCUUAUGGGCUCCAUCAGAAGUACAGGUGGAUCAGUAGCUGUGGCUAUCUAUAGUGCAUUAUUCAAUCGUGGGCUCUCACAGAAUUUGUUCCCAAAGGUAGCCAACGCCGUCAUUCCUUUAGGGGUGCCCGAGGAUUCCAUUGGGCCUCUCAUUGCCGAUCUGAAUGCUGGUGCCGUCAAUACGGCACUGCAGCUGCCUGGUGUUAACCUUGAGGUCGUGGAAGCGGCAGGAGCAGCCUUGAAGUCUGCCUUCACCAUCGGCUUUCGCGAUGUCUUUAUUUGUGCAGCCGCUUUUGCCCUUUUGGGCAUUGCAGCCACCGCUUUCUUGAUUGACCCAACAAAAGAGUUCAACGCUAAAAUUGACGCCCCACUUGAUCGAUACGAGGUGAAGGAUGCUAAAGGAGAUGAACCUGUCGAGGAAUAUCAUGGAGAGGAAAAGACCAUUGGUGGUUAG